ACCUUCUCGCCGAUAUCGCACUGUACAGCACCGUCAAUAUUAAACAAAUACAUCAAAAACAAAUCCAAGCUACACUACCCUCCUCCCAAAAAGGAAAUAGGGUAAACCCUCCGUCCCUCAUGUUUGCACCGUUUGUCUCCAAUUUAUCAAGCUGCAUCAAGAUUUCCAUUAUCCAAAACCCCCCCACAUUCAACUCUGCACCACCAAGACAACUACAUUACAAAUCUUAUACGCCGUCACCAUGGGCCGAAUCGAAGAACUUCCCGAUGACUUCGACGAGUCGCUCAACUUGAACAAGCAGGCGAAAUCCCCCUCCGACAGCAGCCCCGCCAAUGCUGCCCCCGCCGCGGACAAAGAGACCGCGUUCCCGAUCAACGAGGAACGGGUGAAGGAGUUGGAGAAGGAGAAUCCGGGUGCGCCGAAGAUGCCUCCGGGUAUGGAGGCUGUGCGGUCGCAUACGACGGAUGAGUUGGCGGAGAUGUUGAAUAAGACGCCGUUGUUUAUGACGGAUAUUGAGAAGGCGGGGGAUGAGAAUGGCGAGAAUAUCGUGUUGGAUGCGCUUACGGCGCUGCAGAAUGAGGGGACUCGUGGAGAUGUGGCUCAGAACUACCGCGAGCAGGGAAAUGAGGCGGCGAAGGAGUUGAGGUGGAUUGAUGCGAAGGAGUUCUAUACGAAGGCUAUUGCUGUGCUCUUUGCGAAGGAGGAUAAGUGGGAGAAGCCUGAGGAUAUGGCUGAAGAGCAGAAGUUGUGGAGGCAGGUUGAAGAGGCGUCUUAUAUCAAUCGCGCGUUGUGUAAUUUGGAGUUGGGCAAUUACCGGUCGUGUACGCUUGACUGCGCGUCGACGCUCAAGUUGAAUCCGAAAAAUAUCAAGGCGUUCUAUCGUUCCGCUAUGGCUUGCUUCAAGCUUGAGAAGCUUGAUGAGGCUGAGGAUGCUGCGAAGCGGGGUUUGGCUCUCGAUCCGGAUAAUAAGUCUCUCCAGACGGCGGCGGAGAAGAUCGCUGAACGCAAGGCUGCCCUCGAGCGCGUAGCCGCUAAGCGGAAGGCGGAGGAAGAGAGAAAGCGCAAAGAGAAGAAGCUGCUCGAUAUUGCGUUGAAGGCUAGAGAAAUCAGAACCCGCUUGUCGGAUAAUCCGGCCGACAUGGACGGUGCGGUCAUUCGUCUCGUUCCUGACCCCCUCUCUCCCGAAAGUACCCUCGAAUUCCCCACCAUGCUGCUCUAUCCCAUGGAUGCUGAGUCGGAUUUUAUCAAGGGGUUUUCUGAGAUGAACAGCAUUGAAGACCACUUGGAAUAUAUCUUCCCGUUGCCAUGGGAUACGAAGAAUGAAUAUUCCGUCAAUAGUGUUGACUGUUAUAUGGAGACUGCCACGGGCGGGUUGGUCAAGGCUGGAAAGAAAUUGCCUCUUUUGCAGAUCCUGAGCGGCAGCAAGGUUGAGGUUGUUGAUCAGUUGGUGAAGAUCUUCAUUGUGCCGACCGCAAAGAGCGGCCAAUUCAUUGCGGAAUUGAAGGCAAGGAAGCAGCGCUGAAGGAGCUUCUCUGUUCCUUCGUUGCCUCCGCCAGGUAGCCACAGGGCAAACUCAUCUCCAAAACCGAGGCAUCCGCGAGAAGGCUCAAAGGCUAGCAGACCUGCAUGGGCCGUGGAGCUCUUCCGCCAACGACCAUCAACGGUUCACCACAUGAACAAGGGUCUUUCUACCCAUACGACACUCCUAUGAAGGGAACGUGGCCGUCCACUACGGUCAAGGCCCACCCUGUUCAUGGAAGCCAUAUAUCUUGUCUGGCCGUCCUUCAAACACC